AUGGAUGAUUCCAUCGAUCCCAGGUGGAUUGACUCACCUUUCCUUGGAUUUGCUGAGCAUUACCGUCGGAUCGGUGCUUACAUGGUGUACCUCGUCGCUCGCCCCCGGCACUUUGUUACCUGGCUUUUGCACGGGCUUUUGACUCCCUUAAAAGUUGUUGUUUGGCUUGAAUAUAAUCUCUUACGUCCCUGGCGCUUCCUUGGUUGGCUGGAAUAUUACCUUCUACGUGUUCAGAGCUUCAUUGUUCGGCUCGACAACUACCUUCCACUUCCCCGGCGAUUUGUUGCUCGCAUUACAUACUAUCUUUUCCUUCCCGUGUAUUGUGUCGGGACUGUUCUUUGUCGGCUUUGGGCCGCUGGCGCCAUGGGAGCAGAACCGGAACUUGCCAAACGCAAUCUAAGCGACAGCGAGAAACAUCAUGGAUCCGAGGCUUCUUCUUCGACUCACAACGAUGUCGUUUUGGAUCCAGCAACCGAAAAGGCUCUUAAGGAGCAGAAGCCUGAUCUGACUGGCAACCGUGACUCUGGAGCUAUCUUACAACAUCACGAGGAGGGACCCUACGAUAAAAUUGAACUUACCGAGGACGACUGUUAUGACGAGCUAGGCUAUUCAUUUCCCUCUUGGCGGAAGUGGAUGAUCAUCACUGUCAUCUUCCUUGUCCAGACAUCAAUGAAUUUCAACACCAGUCUGUAUUCAAAUGCUUUGACUGGCAUAUCAGAAGAAUUCGGCGUCAGCAUGCAGGCCGCUCGCUGUGGUGCCAUGAUUUUCCUAGUGCUGUAUGCUUUUGGCUGUGAGCUGUGGGCUCCUUGGAGUGAGGAACUCGGGCGGAAACCGAUUCUACAGCUGAGUUUGUUCUUGGUCAAUAUCUGGCAACUGCCAGUGGCCCUCGCUCCCAAUUUUGCGACGAUUAUGGUCGGACGUGCUCUGGGAGGUCUUAGCUCAGCUGGUGGAUCGGUUACCUUGGGUAUGAUUGCUGAUCUCUGGGAAGCCGAUGACCAGCAAUACGCGGUUGCCUGUGUUGUGUUCUCGUCAGUUGGUGGCUCCGUGAUCGGACCCGUUGUGGGUGGAUUUGUCGAAGCGUACUUGCCUUGGCGCUGGAAUAUCUGGAUCCAGCUUAUCUUUGGAGGAUUCGUUCAGGUGGCACACCUCCUCCUUGUGCCUGAGACACGAACUACAAUUAUGAUGGAUCGCAUUGCGAAGAAGAGAAGAAAGAGCGGCGAAGACCCCAACAUCUAUGGUCCCAACGAACUGGUUCCCUUCAGGGAACGCUUCUCGAUGCGCGAGGUCCUCGUCACCUGGGUCCGCCCCUUCAAGAUGUUCUUGACCGAGCCGAUCGUCCUCACCCUUUCUCUUCUGAGUGGAUUCAGUGAUGCGCUGAUCUUUAUGUUUAUCCAGUCGUUCAGCUUAGUCUAUGACCAGUGGAACUUCAGCACUGUGGCACUGGGUCUUUCCUUCCUCCCAAUUCUGGUGGGAUAUUUCAUCGCCUGGUUCUCGUUUUUCCCGGUCAUAAAGCGAAACACUCAGGAGCGCCGGAACAAGCCCGACGAUGAGCGUGCCCAGUACGAAUCCCGACUUUGGUGGCUACUGUACACCGCGCCUUGUUUGCCGAUUGGUUUGAUUGGGUUCGCUUGGACCAGUCUUGGACCCCCUGUGCAUUGGAUUGGCACGAUGAUUUUUUCCGCGAUCGUCGGUAUUGCCAACUACAGUAUUUACAUGGCUACUAUCGACUACAUGAUCUGUGCCUAUGGACCUUAUUCGGCCUCUGCCACUGGAGGUAACGGAUGGGCGCGUGACUUCUUGGCCGGUGUUCUUACCAUCCCAGCUACACCUUUCUUCCAGAACAUUGGUGGCAAAUACCAUCUUGAGUACGCCUCGACUAUCUUGUUCUGCAUUUCGUUCCUGCUUGUCAUUGCUGUCUACGUCAUCUACUGGUAUGGACCUGCUCUCCGGAAGCGGUCACCUUUCGCCCAACAGUUGUCCGAUGCACGAGUCGAACUCCAAACCCAUGGUCGGAGACUCUCUCGGAUCCCAUCUGGAUCGCGUGCGAACUCUUUUGCUCGGUCCCAGCAAAAUCUGCGCAUUCGCCAGGCUCUUGGCAGCCGUGCUGGCAGUUAUGUGGCCUCGCGCCCAGCCUCAGGAGCCAACUCGCGAGUGCAGUCGCGCAAGAACAGUUUCUCGCGAUAGAGCUGGGUACGCGACGAGGAAAGCUUUUCUACUCCCAUGAUAUCCGUGAAUGAUUAACGAGCGUUGAUACCCCCUUUGUUGGGCGAAGGGCUUCAGCCAUCUUGUUUGUAGUGUUGGAAAUCCAAUUUAGCCUGAUACUGUUUGUUUGCUCCUGUUACCCGGAUUCUGGACUCACCGAGUAGGAGGUAGCCUAGGUAGAAUUUCUCACUGCCUUUAUGUUUAUCUCUUUCUGCUGCAUGAAGUGGAGAACCGGGCAGCGAGGAACAUCGCAAGCCAGCUAGAUAUGUUCUUUCGAUUCGUUCUCUGUAGAUCCAGACCAAGUGCUAGGCUG